CAUCAACAUGCAGUCAGACUCAGAUUUAGUUCUUGUGAGUUCCACAGAUGACGGAAUUACGACUAUUACAAUCAACAGACCUCAUCGAAGGAACGCCGUCGACCCGACCACCGCAAAACAUCUCUACGAGAAAAUCCUGGCCUUCGAAAAUGACCCCUCACAGAAAGUAUGCAUACUUACAGGAAUGGGCGGUACAUUCUGUGCCGGUGCCGACCUUCACGAAGUAGCGGGAAAAGAUGCUCGCGAUGCUACCGGCAAGGAGACAGAAGGCGGACGAAGCCACUUCCAGGCGCCACCAGAGUCCGGCGAACAAUCUAUAGGCCCGAUGGGUCCCUCACGACUCCAGAUCAAGAAGCCUAUCAUCGGUGCUGUCUCCGGGUAUGCAGUGGCGGGUGGGUUGGAAUUAAGCCUACUCUGCGAUAUCCGCGUAGCGGAAGAGGAUGCCGUGUUCGGGGUCUUCUGCAGACGAUGGGGUGUUCCCCUUAUUGACGGAGGCACAGUUCGUCUCCAGGCAGUGGUUGGAUUGGGCAGGGCACUGGAUAUGAUAUUGACUGGACGUCCAGUCAGUGCGACCGAGGCCUUGUCUAUGGGGCUGGCAAAUCGUGUUGUGCCGAAGGGAAAAGCUGUGGAAGAGGCUACAGCCAUUGCGAAGCAGUUGCUUUCGUUCCCGCAGCUUUGCAUGAAUGCGGACCGGGACUCUUGCUACUACAGUGCAUAUCAGGCCAGCUCGUUUCAGGAUGCCCUGAGGAAUGAGUAUGAGAAGGGAGUGAAAGUUUUGGACCUUGAGAGUAUCAAAGGCGCUUCCCAAUUUAGUCGUGGUGCAGGGCGGCAUGGAAAUUUCAAGAAUGGCUCGCGUCUUUAAAUUCGGUUUGAAAUUGCGUAUAGUCUUUGGAUUGGUUGACCAUGUUAGUUUCCGGCACAAUUGAUCGAGGGUUUUUGUUACAAUCAGCGCCAAUAUCAUUUUCAGACCAGCGAAACAACUUUUAUAUGGCUUCUGUAUCGGCAGAGAGUAUC